AUGUCAUUCACACCAUCUCCAGGCAUGGCAACCACACCUACAAUGUCUGCAACAGAGAGUCCUCCACUUCAGUACAUGUCAGAAGAUGGAGACAGCAUUGACAGAAGUGAAACUAUGAAUAUGUCCCAGCUUGAACCCUUACCUCCUGUUGAUGCCCAGCCAGUGAUGUACUGUGAACCAGCCUUUUGGUGCUCUAUUAGUUACUAUGAACUCAAUACUCGUGUUGGUGAAACUUUUCAUGCUUCACAGCCUUCUAUAACAGUAGAUGGUUUCACAGACCCAAGCAAUUCAGAACGAUUCUGUCUUGGACUGUUGUCAAAUGUUAAUCGUAAUGCAGUUGUGGAACAAACGAGACGUCAUAUAGGGAAGGGUGUUCGUUUGUACUACAUUGGUGGUGAAGUGUUUGCUGAGUGUCUAAGUGAUUCAUCCAUUUUUGUACAAUCACCUAACUGCAAUCAGCGGUAUGGGUGGCAUCCUGCUACAGUCUGCAAGAUACCACCUGGCUGUAACUUAAAAAUCUUCAACAAUCAGGAGUUUGCAGUGCUGCUGUCCCAGUCGGUGAGCCAAGGGUUUGAGGCUGUGUAUCAGCUAACUCGUAUGUGCACAAUUCGAAUGAGUUUUGUCAAAGGUUGGGGAGCUGAGUAUCGCCGUCAGACUGUCACAUCUACUCCUUGUUGGAUAGAACUUCAUCUGAAUGGUCCACUUCAGUGGUUAGACAGAGUUCUUACACAGAUGGGCUCACCAAGAUUACCUUGCAGCUCAAUGUCCUAA